GCCAUGGCUAGACCUUUGUCAACAAUCUUCAAAUCGACGAAGCCCCAUAUUCUGAAACCACCAAAACUCUCAAAUUUUGAAUCGGUGAAACCCAUUAAUCUCAAAGUUCCCUCUUCUUCAAAUCCAAUAGCAUCUUCUUCAAGUUGCAGCAAAUCGAAAAAAACAAGAAAAUCGGAUGCAAAUUCACAGCAAUCAUCUGGAAAUGAUUCGGAAUUACUAACAACCCCAGCUUCAAAUUCAAAGAAAUUUAGUAAUUCUAAGAAAAAGAGGUCUUUGUGGUGUGUAUACCUUAUUCUCUCGACAAAUCCACCUACAAAGACCUAUGUUGGUGUCACUACCAAUUUCUCUCGCCGACUAAAAGAACAUAAUGGUGAAUUAAAAGGGGGUGCAAAGGCAUCUCGCUCAGGAAGACCUUGGAUUUGUGCAUGCCUUAUUCGGGGAUUUAAGGGCAGAAGUGAAGCUUGUGCAUUUGAAUCAAAAUGGAAACAAAUUUCGAGAAAGCUUCCCCGUAAAAGGAAGAGUACUACUGAGGAGCAGGAGCCAGAAGACAAUGGAUCCCUUGCAUUAUUGCAGCAUAGACAUGCAGCUCUGGAUCGCGUUCAAAGUUUGAUUGAUUGCAGUGACUUAAAUAUUGAUUGGCGUUCUAAUUUUUUCUGAUUUAAUAUAUUGAUU